AUGGCUUGCUUGAAUACCUGUCAGCAGGCCAUUGGCGACAAGCUGACUGAAUACCGACCUCUCAGAACACAGAGAUACGCCACUGUAAAUGUGCUUAUAAUUACAUGGAAGGACCAUGACUUUGGAGUCGACUUUGACAGGGAAGUUGCGGAAGUCAAGGACAUGUUUAGCCAGACUUUCAACUAUGCCAUUUGGCCUUUCAGAAUACCAUCUCAGGAUCCCGAACUUUCCCUCAAUGUAUGUGUCGCUCAGUUCAUCAAGAACUUUGGUGGAGCAGACGACCUCCUCAUCAUCUUCUAUAGUGGACACGGCGGAGGAGAGAGUGGCACAGAGGCAAGAAGUCCUUGUACUUGGGCAGCAAAGAUAUGCGGCGGUCCAACGCUCGAUUGGUCCAACAUCCAGCCCCAACUGUUUCUCUCUCUGGGUGAUGUGGCCAUUAUUCUCGACUGUUGCUAUGCGGGACAAGCUGUACGACCUCACACCUCUCGUAAGAUCGAGUUCUUGGCCGCCACCGACAAGGACAACUGGGUACCAACGGGAUUGAAGAAAUGGCCGUCUUUCACCAAAGUUCUCUUGCGAGAGAUGAAGUUUGCAAUGUCGAGCGAAGGGCAUGUAACACUUGCCGCCCUCCAGAGUCGCAUGGUAAUCGCGGAAGCUGGUUUGAAGCGACAACCGUUCCUAGUCUCUCUGGCUGGAGCUGCGUCAGAGGGCCCAAUCAGGUUGACAAGACUGACCACUGGGGACAAGGCCUCAGAGUCUCUCCCUCAAACUAUCUCGCAAUCUAUCAACUCCAUGUAUCUUCGGCUAUGUCUCUUCGAUCCUCUAGACAGAGCAAUGCUACCAAGCCUGCUUCGCUGGCUUACCCGGGACUCACCAGCAUCCGUCGAAGAUAUACAGCUUAUUGACCGGGUUGAGAGAACCGAAGCCUCACCAUUCCUCUCCCAAGAAGGGCGGACUGAAGCUCAGAGGCUACUCGAUGAGCUCAAGCUUGCUGUUUUCGCCUCAGGUGACGCACUUUCAGUAAGGUCUAGAACAUCUCAUGCUGUUCUAGAAGGACUCAGGACAGCCUCUUCCAAACUAGUAGACUUUCUGGGAGAUUCACUUGCGGCAAUGGACAGGUGCACGCUGAGUAGUUUGGAUGACAGCGAUUCUACUGCUCUUGAAGACAUCCGGAGCAAAAUUGCCAUGCGCUUAACUCUACUUGACGACGAAAAGGUGCUGGGGAACUCAACUCGGGUGAGCUUUAGCGACACAGCAAGCCUAAACCAGCGGAUAAGACAUGGUACACAGGCCGGCCGUGACGUGCUGGUUGAGUAUAUCUACUAUCUUGACGAAGACCCCGAGGCCUGCAGUCGUAUGUCAUAUCAAAUCAGGCGCAUUAUAGCGCUUCUUGCUGAAUCCAAAAGCCCGGCAUUCGGCUGCUUCGAUAUCUCCGGCUUCACUCACGAGACGCUCUGCGGACCUCGGUUUGGACUCGUUCAUCUUAUCGAUGAGAGGUUCGGGGGCCGAAGGUGCAUAUCUCUUGCAGAGUUGAUUGGGCAGGCCAAAUACGUUCCUUUGAAUCAUCGAAUACGGCUGGCUCAAAUCAUCUGCGAAGCUAUCCUACAUCUUCACUCGAUUGGGUGGUAUCACAAGAACAUUAAGAAUGAGAACAUCAUUCUAUUUGAUGCACCAGAGAGUGAUAGAGGCAAUUCCUUGGCAGAUAGUUGGGACUUUGAGAACCCGUUCCUGAUCGGGUUUGACUGCUCUCGUCCGGCAGAUGCAGAAACAAGAAACACAGUAGAUUUCACGACGCAAAACAAUAUUUAUAGGCACCCGGAGCGAUGGGGGAGAUCGGCACGCUUCGAAAAACAUCACGACAUAUAUGCACUGGGAAUCCUCCUAAUAGAGAUAGGGGCUUGGCUAAAGAUCCCUACACUGGACACGAAGCGGAACGACUUUGCGCAUAUUGGCGACCCCGAGAUGCUUCGCAGCUUAUUUCUCAAAGUUGCAUCUUCCAAACUCGCGCAUGCAGCAGGCACGCGGUAUGCCGAAACAGUUAAAGUCUGUAUAGAGAAUAGACCAUGGAAGACACUCGAAGAUUGGGAAUCACAAAAGGUGGUGCGAGAGAGGGUUCUUUGUCCACUCAGGGAAUGUGCUGCUGCAAGUGGUUAA